AUGACCAACUCUUCCACGUCCACCUCCUCCACCACCGGGGGAUCCCUGCUGCUGCUCUGCGAGGAAGAGGAGUCGUGGGCGGGCCGACGCAUCCCCGUGUCCCUCCUGUACUCGGGCCUGGCCAUCGGGGGCACGCUGGCCAACGGCAUGGUCAUCUAUCUCGUGUCGUCCUUCCGAAAGCUUCAGACGACCAGCAACGCCUUCAUCGUGAACGGCUGCGCCGCCGACCUCAGCGUCUGCGCCCUCUGGAUGCCGCAGGAGGCGGUGCUCGGGCUCCUGCCGGCGGGCUCCGCGGAGCCCCCCGGGGAUUGGGACGGCGCCGGGGGCAGCUACCGCCUGCUGCGGGGCGGGCUGCUGGGCCUCGGGCUCACCGUGUCCCUCUUGUCCCACUGCCUGGUGGCCCUGAACCGCUACCUGCUCAUCACGCGGGCGCCCGCCACCUACCAGGCGCUGUACCAGCGGCGCCACACGGCGGGCAUGCUGGCGUUGUCCUGGGCGCUAGCCCUGGGCCUCGUGCUGCUGCUCCCGCCCUGGGCGCCGCGUCCGGGCGCCGCGCCCCCGCGCGUCCACUACCCGGCCCUGCUGGCCGCCGGGGCGCUGCUGGCGCAGACGGCGCUGCUGCUGCACUGCUACCUGGGCAUCGUGCGCCGCGUGCGCGUCAGCGUCAAGCGGGUCAGCGUCCUCAACUUCCACCUGCUGCACCAGCUGCCCGGCUGCGCCGCCGCCGCCGCCGCCUUCCCGGGCGCCCCGCACGCGCCGGGCCCGGGUGGUGCUCAGCUCCCGGCGCAGGCUCAGCCCCUGCCCGCGGCGUUGCACCCGCGGCGGGCGCAGCGGCGUCUCAGCGGCCUGUCGGUGCUGCUGCUCUGCUGCGUCUUCCUGCUGGCCACGCAGCCGCUGGUGUGGGUGAGCCUGGCCAGCGGCUUCUCGCUGCCCGUGCCCUGGGGCGUGCAGGCGGCCAGCUGGCUCCUGUGCUGUGCCCUGUCCGCGCUCAACCCGCUGCUGUACACGUGGAGGAACGAAGAGUUCCGCCGCUCGGUGCGCUCAGUCCUGCCCGGCGUCGGCGACGCGGCGGCCGCUGCUGCCGCCGCCACGGCCGUGCCCGCGGUGUCCCAAGCUCAGCUGGGCACUCGCGCCGCCGGCCAGCACUGGUGA